UGCAACUGCUUUUUUGUUCUGAAUUUGCGGGUCGCAUAGAGUUGGAUGAUCCGGAAUUGUCGACGACUCACAAUUUGCAUGAGCGAGAGAGCAAAUGCGAAUUUCGUGAUCGUGGUCUCUCUGAGAAGAGGAUAAAACUUUUUGUCGACAUCGAAAUGAUAAAGAAAUGGAGCCAUUUUUAAGCAGCAAAGAGGCUGAGAUGACAGACUGGGAGAUAAAAGCCAGUAAAGUGUGAAGAACAAGAGCAGAGGUAGCCGAUGUAAGUACCACAAAAAAGAGUAGUUUUCUAGAACGCGAAAGACACGUCGACUAGAGAUUCGAGGAACAUGCGUUUGUGCACAUCAGGGAGGAAUGUUCUCAAUUUUUAGACAGCAGAACACAUGAUUGCCCGCCUUCUCCGAACGGGCACAGUAGCACCAUGGCGUGUUCGAUGACUCGAUGUCAGCUUGCAGCAGGACUAGUCUUAUGCUGUCGGCUAGUCGACGCUUACGUUCCGCUUCCAGACCUGGCGCAAACACUAGACCUUGUCUCAUCGGAUGGCAAGGUAUGGCUGAUCAUGAUAAGUGUUGGUUCGUUACCCCUACAUGUCAAGUUGAUGUACUGCAGAACAGAAACGAUGACACAUUAGUGUGUAGUGGUCUUUUCUACCCCUGGAGUGGGUACAUUCAUUCAUUCACUCACUCAACAACGUAUUUCUUCCUUGAAACCAUCUUCAUGCUCCUUCCAACUCAACACCAGGUCCCCGGAGCGCCCACCGCUCUGAUGACGGCAGCUGAGGGCGCAUCAUCGUCAGUAUCGAAGAUUGACAGUGUCUAUGACAACGUGUAUGGCGACGAGGCAAAAAUCGCAACGUCUACUAGAACAAAUCAGUUCUUCAACAAAGCCGUAGGAAGAGGUCAGGAAGAUGUAACCCAGCUAGGUCUUUUGGCAUCCUCUUCCACUGUCAAAGACCGCUUAGAAGUAGGAUUAGGUGGAUCUGCAUCGUCUAGAGCUACGGCAACGGCUCCACAUACAGCUGGUUACGGAACGAAGGGCUUUCUACACAGCAUUCCAGUACCUUUGGAGACAGGAGGUAAAAUUUUCCAUAGUAAUAUACCUUUGUUUUAAGGCUGCUGCAACUAAUUAUCUUCAUCUUGUUCUUUUUUAAAAUUUAGUUGUGAACCUGCAAUUAUCGAGAAGGGAUGCUGGACAGCACGUGGAGCUACAACGUUAUUCGCCAUCAAAGUCCUCGUCAUCAGAGUCCUCGUCAUCAAAUUUACAGGUAAGAAGAACAAUCUGCUCGUAGAGUACGACGUUGUUCCCGCAAGUUCCGGAUCCACGGUUUCAAGUACCCUUGAUAUGGGGACAAGAGGCAGUUCAAGGAGGAGGAAUAGAGGAACUCAAGAUGCAUCUUCACCCACCACUGUAGAUGCAUCACCCACCAUUCCUGUCGAAGCGAUUACACGAGACGAGCAAAUUCGGGAAGAGAAUCGUGAGGGAAUAACACUCGUUCCUGGUGGUCGCUAUUCGAAGCGAGACGUCGAAUACAUCAACAAGCUGAGGAAAAAACAGGCAGCUGCUGCUCAAGGUGGAAGAAAAAGAAUAGUACCCAAGAAGAACAGCAACCAAGUACAAGACGAAGAACUACAAGCAGGAAGAGAGGAAAUUCCAUCGAGGAAAGGAUCACUAGUACACUCCUCAAGUGCCGUAAAAAUGUUGUCUCAUCAUGAAGAUUCGACGAGCCAUCUUCAAGACCCGAGAAGUUUCGGCAACAAGGAAAAACCAAAUAGUGUUUUGUUGACUACGUCCUCAUCUUCAUCUUCUUCAUCUUUCGCCAGCUCCGCGGGUACCUCCGCCAGCUCCUCCAGCACUACAACAGCGAAGAGAAAAAACGACAUUUUUCAUUCGAGAUGGCAGCAACAAUGUCUCUCGUUUGCACAGUUCCUAAAGGAUCACGGCGUUAAAGGCUCUGGGCUCAUAGCGCAGUGGCAUGCAGCUUGCAUUAAGGCUAGUGAGGACUGGAAGUCUACUUACUUCGAGAGUCGAAGUGUAACUUCAAUUUAGAUCAUUGAUUGUCCUUCAUUCUCUUCCAACCUCAGUUGAAAGCAUGAUACUAUCUCCAAACUUCUAAUUCAAAGUCUAGCACAGACGCCAACACUUGCCAAGGCAUCAUUGGUGCGGUCACGCCAUUCGCAAGUAACCUUAGCUGGAGUCCUCAAGCAGUGUGCAAUGCCAUAGGGGAAGUGUGGCUAGUCUAAGCUGUGUCACUGAAACACAUGUCAUUUUAGCGUAGAUGUACAGACCAUGCAUACUUGUGAAAAGCAGAUUACCCGCAAGAAUAUGGGUCUUUCGUUCGGUUGAAGAUACCGUGAAGAAAUAAUCACGUCACUGAAUAUUGAGUUAUAAUAGUUCUUCGACCGCUCUUCUUCACUUUCACAAACACUCCAAUAGAUUGGACGUUGCAGAGAAUAUAUGGUGGGCACACAUUCGGUGAGGC